AUGACUAGUGGUAUCAAGCUCUCUUCUGCCAUGCUCUUCUUCUUGUUCUAUGCUUUUAUGGUGACGGGUGUGCUCUCUCAAGCACACCCAACCCCACCAAUUUCUCUAACCGUAGAUCAGUCCGGCAAUGGUGACUACACUAAAAUACAAGACGCCAUUGAUGCCGUGCCGUCUAACAAUGCCGCUCGUGUGUCUAUUUGGGUUCGACCUGGUGUCUACCAAGAAAAAGUUAAUGUGCCUGUAGACAAACCCUUUAUAACAAUGAGUGGCACAAACACAGAGCAUACCAUAAUAACAUGGAACCAAGCAGGAUGGAUAAAUCAAACCUCAGUCUUCACUGUGUGGGCUUCUGAUUUCAGAGGGCGCCAACUCACAAUUCAGAAUACAUAUGGAACCGGUGACAAAACAGUGGCACUAAGAGUAUCAGGAGACAGAGCAGCAUUCUAUGGGUGCAGAAUUUUGUCUCAUCAAGAUGCCUUGUUCGAUGAGAUUGGCAAGCACUACUACAAAGACUGCUACAUUCAAGGAGACACUGAUUUUAUAUUUGGAAGCGCUGAUUCUUUAUAUGAGAAUUGUCACUUGCAUACACUUUCGGGUCAAAACGGCGCUAUAACGGCCCAACGGCGGACUUCUCCCUUAGAGGAAUCUGGGUUCACCUUUUUGUGGUGCAACAUAACCGGCGUCAAAACGGCACUCCUGGGAAGGCCGUGGGGACCAUAUGCCAGAGUCGUAUUUGCCUACACUCAAAUGUCAAAUGUAAUUCUGCCACAAGGUUGGGACAGUUGGCGGCUAUCACCCUACGACUUAAGUAAGGUUUUCUAUGGGGAAUACAACUGUUUUGGACCGGGAGCCGUGACAACCCAAAGAGUUAAUUGGGCACACAAGCUUACCACCAGAGAAUUUGCACCCUUCAUGGCUCAGGCUAGUGCCCUUCGGCGUACGAUUCUUGGUCGUGACGGAGGAAGAGGGCAACAUGUAGCUCCCACUAUGGUUCGUCCCGGCAGCGGAGGAGGUGGAGGACAGCAACAUGGAGCAUCCGCCACUCCCAUUGGAAGAGAAGGAAACAAAGCGAAGGAGAAUGAGAGAAAUAGACAAGGCGCUCCACCUCGAGCUCUCACUACCACGCCCGCUCCCAUUGGAGGAGAAGCCGCUCCACCUCGAGCUCUCACUGCCCCGCCCCCUCCCAUUGGAGGAGAAGCCGCUCCACCUAUAGUUCUCACUGCCACGCCCCCUCCCAUUGGAGGAGAAGGCACUCCACCUCCAUCUCUCACUGCCAUGCCUCCUCCCAUUGGAGGAGAUGGCACUCCACCUCUAGUUCUCACUGCCACGCCCCCUCCCAUUGGAGGAGAAGGCACUCCACCUCCAUCUCUCACUGCUACGCCUCCUCCCAUUGGAGGAGAAGGCACUCCACCUCCAUCUCUCACUGCCACGCCUCCUCCCAUUGGAGGAGAAGGAGAAGGAGAGGGAAACAAAGAGAAGGAGAAUGGGAGAAAUAGCCCAGAGCAGGCUCCCGCUUCCGCUGCAUGGCUCAUCAUAGAGGGGUCGAAUAAUGAUGUGGAACGGAGUAGUGGUUCUCCUCGAGUGAGUGCAGCCCCUCUAGGUCUUCUUGGGGCCUUUUCUCUUUAUAUUUUUACAAGGUUCUAAUAUUCUAGAUUUGUACA